AAUGAUUAGUCUCUGGUAUUCCUGCUCUCAAGUUAGUCUUUUUUCCAUCACAUGUACUUAUGUUAUUAAGUGCUAAAUGGAUAAAAUUUCACUCCUCCAGAGUUCCGUGGUUAACCCCCUACCAUCUCUUUGCAUAUGCUUCUUACUCUGAUUGGAAUACUUGUUGUUUGGAUAUCUCGAUAUCUCCUACUCAUCCAUUAAGACCCAGCUUAAGGCUCAUCCCCUCCUUCCAGAAGCCUUCAUGACCUCAGUCCCCAGACUGAGUUAUUAGAUGCCAUUCCUCUCAGCCUCUAUAGCACCUUAAUGAAAGUCCUUAUAAAAAUAUACUAUGCAGAGCUUUGGGUUCGUCUGUGGUCGUGUCUUGGUUCCUGAACCUCACGACCCAGCGACGGCGAUGUCUCUUGACUAAAAGACAGUGUCCAGUGCUCCAGCCUAGAGGUCUAAGGGGACCGCCACCCACGCUGCCACCAUGCCCAACUUCUCUGGCAAUUGGAAAAUCAUUCGAUCAGAAAACUUCGAGGAUUUGCUCAGAGUGCUGGGGGUGAAUGUGAUGCUGAGGAAGAUUGCUGUGGCUGCAGCGUCCAAGCCAGUAGUGGAGAUCAAACAGGAGGGAGACACUUUCUACAUCAAAACCUCCACCACCGUGCGCACCACAGAGAUUAACUUCAAGGUUGGGGAGGAGUUAGAGGAGCAGACCGUGGAUGGGAGGCCCUGUAAGAGCCUGGUGAAAUGGGAGAGUGAGAAUAAAAUGUUCUGUGAGCAGAAGCUCCUGAAGGGAGAGGGCCCCAAGACCUCAUGGACCAGAGAACUGACCAAUGAUAGGGAGCUGAUCCUGACCAUGAGGGCGGAUGACGUUGUGUGCACCAGGGUCUACGUCCGAGAGUGAGUGGCUAUGGGUAGAACAGCGUCCGGAGCCCACCACUGGCCAGGCUCACUGCCCUGCUUCACUGCCCACUCCCUCCCACUCCCUUCUAGGAUAGUGCUCCCCUUACCCCAGUCACUUCUAGGGGUCACUGGGAUGCCUCUUGCAGGAUCUUGCUUUCUUUGGCCUCUUCUCUCCUCCCACACACCAACAAAGAGGAAUAGCUUGCAAGAGCCCAGAUCACCCAUUCCGGGUUCACUCCCUGCCUCCCCAAGUCAGCAGUCCUAGCCCCAAACCGGGCCAAAGCAGGGUCUCUCUAAAGGGGACCUGAGGGCCUGAGCAGGAAAGACUGGCCCUCUGGCUUCUACACUUUGUCCCUGUAGCCUAUACAGUUUAGAAUAUUUAUUUGUUAAUUUUAUUAAAAUGUUUUAAAAAAAUA